UGGGAAUGCAGCAAAGCCUGGUGGAGUCACACUGUGCCAGCGAAGGGACUGCCGGGGACCUGAGGACGGAGAGGAAGGUCUGGACACAUUUUCUAGAAAUGUAACUUGUGCAAGAGGUGCAAGAUGGAUAAGACACUAGAGAUGCGCCCUAGUACUCCAAGCGUCAGGGUGAUUGAUUUGGGCUGGCAAGGAUCACUAAACCCAAGUCCACUAGACAACAAUGAAGAUGAAAGCCUGGUAGAUGAGUACCUGUCCCCGGCCGGACUGAAAACACUUACUGGAACCGAUGACCUGCAAGAAGUUACAACCCUCCAGAUGUGUGUGGACACUAGGGAUCACACCUUGGGGAAUUUUGGUGAGGGAUGUUUUCUAGGUACUUACAUGCCAAACCUUAGACAACUAAAACUGAAUAACAGUGUCAUAUUGUCAAUAAGAGAUCUGGGCACAUCUCUGUCAAAUCUGCAAGUGCUUUGGCUGGCACGCUGUGGUCUCACAGACCUCGAUGGUAUAGCCUCCUUCUAUUCCCUUAAGGAGCUGUACCUGGCUUACAAUGAUCUCAGAGAAAUCAGUCAAGUGAGCAUGCUGGAAAAUCUGGAGAUCCUUGACCUUGAAGGUAACAACAUCGACCAGAUAAGUGAACUGCAGUACCUGGCACUGUGCAGCAAUCUAACAACCCUCACUAUAGAAGGCAAUCCUGUAUGUGUACAACCUAGUCCAGAAGAAACCACGCCUGCAGACUACAACUAUCGGGUUGUGAUUAAAAAGACAAUCCCUCAAAUACAAUAUCUAGAUGAUGUGCCAGCUGACCAAAUCAACCCAACCACACCUCGCACUCAAUCAGAAGACUGGCUGAUGGUAAAGGAUCUAAUUAAGGAAAGUGUUGGGAGCCAGAUGGAUUCAUCUUUGGACUUGGGAAGUGCCCUACGAAAAGAAAAUGUGAGACCCAGUACUUCCCAACCAGGGUUUGCCAGAAGGCAACUGACUGCACUAAGGCCUUCAACUGCAGGGAGAACAAUCUCCAGCCUACAUAGUGGAAGAGCUAGUCUUAUAUCUGAAUCACCAGGGAAUGACCCAGCAGAUGAUGAAUCCAGUGACCUCACUCAUGGCAUUGGUAAAGUCAUCUGCGGGAAUCCAAUAAAGGCUCUUCGGACACGGAAGGAAAAAAUGGGGCUAAAUCCUAUGAGGAAUCUCCAGUCACAGGGACAAAAGCCUGAGCCGGAUGCAGUGGUGUCUUCUCAGAAAGACCGUGAUGAUGUGUUUGGAGAGCUGAAAGCCUGGAGAGAAAAGCACAAUGAGGUGUUGAAGAGGAUUCGGGAUCAACGUGCUCCUCAGGUUCUCACUAUAAAACAUAGUGAUGAAGAGGAAGAGGACAGUUUGUCUUCUGGCAGUGAAGAUGUAGAACUAGAAGAUUCCUGGGACUCACAAAGUUUGAUAAGAGUCACUCCAGAUAGCUCAAGCCCGUCUCCUCGAUCACCUGCAAGCCAGCUUGGAGAGAUGAGUUUCCAGGAUGCCCCACUUCAGCCAUCUCCACCUAUUACGCCAUACCCACCAUCUUCUGCCACUGGAAAUUCACGCCUCAACAAAGGAGCAGAUAUACGAGCCAGACGCUUAAUCCGAAGUACCAAUCAGAGUAAAAACCUUACCCCAAGGGCAAUGGAAGCAAAUGCAUUCUUGGCGGAUGAGGCAUUCCUGCUUACCGAUUUGGAUGACAAAAACUUUAGGAUUCCAGUCCUGUCCCAUGUGAUGCAAGGUGGAAGGACUGAUUCUGGAUAUUCAUCUGCAGCUUGUAUACAUUCCAGGUCUACAGUAGAAAGAAAUAGUCCUACAUUUAUUACCUCCCAUCAACCAGUCAUCCGCUCCCUCAGUAAAAUGCCAGAGAGGCCAUCACCACCGCCUAUUAUUCGCCCUGUUACAUCAACGAGCAUCCUGCAAAGAUUGCCAAAUAGACCAACUCUUCUAACAGCCAGCAAGACUUCAAACACAUAGGUUGGCAUAUGACGAUGGGGAAAGGUGAUUAACUUCACGCUGCUG